AUGUCUACUCUCACCAAAGAGAAGAAGGCAGAAUAUCAAGACCAACUAUGGAAAGCUGCUGUCACCGGGCUGGCUAAAGGAUUAUUGGUGGGGUUGGUUACAGGCUUUUAUAUCAACUAUAAGUUCAACUGGGGGGUCAACACAAAGUUCUUUAGAACUCCAUAUAGGUUCUGGUAUCUUAUGAGUUGGACUAUAGCAGGAUUAGCCUUUGAUACCGAUAUCGCUAAGCAUAAGAUUAGUAAGCAAAUGGCACUUGAGAGAGAAAUAAGAAGAACCGUUAAUCUAAGCCAAGAAAUAGGUGGUAUAGACAUAGAUCUCCCCAAGUAA